AUGAGCCAGUACCAGCCCAAUGCCGCUCCCGGCAAGUCAUUCAUUUCGAAGAUCAACUCGAAGUUCUCAAACAUGUCCAUUUCGCUGCAUCUGGAAAAGGACGGUUCUACUGAGGAUGAUACACUUAUCCAUAAUGCUUUCGUCAAGUUCUUUGACUCCCAGGGCCAAGGCUAUCCAGAAUGGCUAGGUGUGAAAAGCUCAAAUUCCUCAGCAUCUCCUUACGGCCAACAACGUUACGGCCAGCCAGAUUACCUGCAACUGAAGUACCAGCCAGUUAGAGCUAGUUACAACUCACAAAGCUAUAGUCCUCAAGAACAAGCUUCCAGCCGUCCAAGCCUGGGAGGCCAAUGGCUGCAGCAGUCACAGUCACCGCCUGCUGAAGAUAGACCGGCAUACACUAGAAGAUCUAGCUCCAAGUUGCAAGAUAUGUACCAGAGGCUGAGAGCUUCUGCUGGAAGUCAGGGCAGUCCAGGUGCUCCAGCAAGAAGCACAUCAGCAGGAGCCUCAACUGCAAGAAGCACCGCUGCGGGUCAACGGUUGCGUGAAAAGAUGAUGAACGGGCCAACCACAAACACUAGGCCUACAUGGGGAAGAAAGGAUUAG